AUGGCCUCCGGCAAGGCCCUAUUGGAACGCCUAUACCGCUCAAUUGACAGCUCUUCGCUUCUCAGGCAAUUUUGGGAGGACGAGGAGGUCUCGCGCCCCCCUCCACUUACCGACGAGGAGGAGCGUUGCGAACAACACUUCCUCGCCACUCAUAGCCGUUCUCCAGAAGGACGGUACAUUGUUCGAUUGUCCUUCCGGCACGAACUACCAAUCGACAUAGGCGAUUCCCUGCCUAUCGCCACGGUAUUCUACGAGAAAAUGGAAAGGAAGCUGCGUUGGCACGCCGAACUCUCCGCGCAAUAUAAUGACUUUUUGGCGGAAUAUCUCGCCUUGGGACAUAUGAGCGCGAUCGAAAGUCCCUGCUACACCGCUCUUACGCCCAUGUACAUUCCGCAUCAUUCGGUUUUGCGCGAAACGAGUAGUACCACGAAGUUACGCGUCGUUUUUAACGCCUCGUGCAAAACGACGAACGGCACGUCGCUUAACGACCAUCUGCUGGUCGGACCGAAGUUACAGCAAGAUCUCCCCGCUAUUCUGCUGCGCUGGCGGCAGUGGCGUUUUGUUUAUGCAGCAGACAUCGCCAAGAUGUUCCUACAAAUCCUCGUGAAUAAUCUCGAUACCAACUUCCAACGAAUUCUCUGGCGUCCGUCCUGCGACACGCCGAUCACGCAUUUCCGGCUUUUGACCGUAACGAACGGGCUCGCUCCCGCUCCAUAUCUCGCGAUGCGCGUUUUGAAACAAUUGUCGUUAGACGAAGGCCCUCUAAGGGCUUUGCAUCCGUUCGUAGAUGAGAACGCCUUACUCCGUCUUGGCGGGCGGUUGCAGAACGCCGCUCUCCGCUACGAGAGGCAGCUAGUGGGCUCCAUGCGGGAGCAAUUCUGGCGUGCCUGGUCGCAUGAUUAUUUGUUGUCACUUCAGACGAGAACCAAGUGGCGAGACGCCGCGUCAAAUUUAGAAGUUAGUGAUCUCGUCAUUGUAAAGAACCCUUUGCUCCCUCCGAGCAAAUGGGAACUCGCGAGAAUCCAGCAGGCUUAUGUCGCGUCGGCUAUCUUAUUCGCGGAACAAGCGAAACCGACCGAUGGAUUGUAUUUUGCCCCUACUUCUAGAGCGAGUUAA